CUUGGGGGGAAUGAGCGUGGAAAGCGCUCGGCGAGUGACGAAGCUCAUGAUGUCGGAUUGCGAGGAAAGACGCUCGAAAGUCUGGCCGUCAAAUGUCGAAUGGGCGCUCAAUGGGCAAGGUCGUCGAUAAAUCGCUGGAUUUGCAUUAUUCGCAGGCCGAGAGGUUCUCUUGCCGAAAAGCACUCGUCUCGGCAAAACAUCGCUCCGCACCGCCCAAUCAGCGCUCUCCAUUUUCGGCCCAGCCAAGGUUGAACAUUGGCCGCAAACCACCAUCAUCGCCGUCACGGACAACCAAUUUCCUUCCAAUUGAGAGGCACAGUUUCUUCGCCAUGGCGUCUCUCAGAACUCAGUCGGCCGCCCGCCUGCUGCGCAAUGCCGUGCGCCCGCGGCUAGCUUUCGCCUCCGUGCCCCGCCGCUUCGAAAGCACCGUGGGCAAGCCUGCCGAUGUUGUUCCCGCCAUGCCCAGCGCCAACCAGCCCGACUACGACGCACCUGUCGACAAGGCUACCUCCACAUUCUCUCCGGUCCCCAAGCGUGUACAGGAUGGCACUGAGGAGGUUCUCGCUGCCGCCACUAUCUCGGGUGCUCCUAUCGAACUCCAGGCAAGGACGGUCCGUAUCUACAAGGAGGCAAAGCCGGCUACACAAUCUGGCGACUUCAGGGGCGAGCGCUGGCGAAUGGACUGGGAUAUUCUGUCCAAGGGACACCGAUGGGAAAACCCAUUGAUGGGAUGGCAGUCCUCGGGAGAUUUCGUACAGGGAACCCACAUCAACUUCAAGUCCAAGGAGGACGCCAUUCGUUUCGCAGAGAAGCAGGGCUACGAGUACUUCGUCCAGGAGCCCAACUCGCGCAAGAUUACACCUAAAGCAUACGCCAACAACUUCCUAUACUCACCCAAGAAGUUGAAGCACAUCCGAACAAAAUAGGGCAUCAAACAUGCGUGCCGAUACAUAAAUAUUAGAUAAGGAAUAGUGUAUUAAAAAUUCUGAUUCACGAAUGUGCCUUUUAAGAACUAAGCAGCGGUGUUGCUGUUCUGAGUUGUCCAAUAUAUUUGAACCCUCCAAUUCUA